AUGGACGACCAGCCCUCAACUUCGUCGCGUAAACGCGACGAAGAAAACUUUUCGCCAAGAAAAAGACACAAACAUAUUUCUUUCACCGAAAGUGAAAAAAACAUGAUAAUGAACGCGUACAAAUAUGUUUACACUGAAAAAAAGACAGAAUCUCCAACCGAAACGCCGAAGAAAAACGAAUGUGUUUUAAAAACAGCUGAAAUUUUGAACAUAUCCAGGAGUUCGAUAUACAAAGUGCUCAAGGAGCACAAGGAAAAUGAGAAUUUGAGCGGUCCAAAAGUUGCACAUAAGGCAAAUUAUAAAGAUAAACUGGACGAUUUCACUCUUUCAGCUAUACGUCGAAAAGUGCACAAUUUCUUUUAUAGAAAUGAAUCACCAUCCUUGAACAAGAUUCUUCAAGCUGUAAAUGAUGACUCAGAACUCCCGUCAUUGUCUCGAAGUACUUUAUAUAAAGUACCAAAGCAUCUAAACUUUAAAUAUAUGAAUAGAAAACGACGCAGUGCAUUAAUAGAUCGUGAAGAUAUAAUUUUAUGGCGUCAUCGGUACCUGAACCAAAUAAAACAAUACCGCAGAGAAGGUCGGUCUAUAUAUUAUCAGGAUGAAACAUGGAUUAAUGAAGGCCAUACCGAGAGUAAACACUGGGUGGACACUAAUAUAAAAUCAAAAAAACAGGCUUUUUUGGAGGGUUUAACCACUGGGUUGAAAGGACCUUCGGGCAAAGGGAGAAGACUUGUAGUGUCACAUAUAGGAAGCGAGGAAGGUUUCGUGGAUGGUGGAGAAAUGAUCUUAGAAGCAAAAAAGGGACUAGAAGAUUACCAUAAGGAAAUGAAUAGCGACGAAUAUGAAAAAUGGAUAAAAAAUAUUCUCCCUAAAUUAAAAGAAAAUUCAGUACUUGUUAUUGACAAUGCUCCGUACCACACCAGAAAAUUGGAAUCGUUACCUACUUCUAGCUGGCGUAAAGGUCAAAUACAAGAGUGGCUUAAGUCAAAGAAUAUAAACUUUGAUAACAACAUGUUAAAAGCUGAAUUAAUGGAAAUUGCACGGCACCACAAAAAAGUCCAUGAGAGAUAUGUCGUCGAUGAAAUGGCCGCUGAACGCGGAGUCACAAUUUUGCGACUGCCUCCUUACCAUUGCGAGCUAAACCCAAUUGAAUUGGUGUGGGCUCAGGUAAAGGGGCAUGUCGCAAAAAACAAUAAAACCUUUAAAAUGACCGAAGUACGAAGUCUUUUCGAGGAAGGGCUUCGUCUAGUGACUCCCCAGCGCUGGAAAGAUUGUAUUAGACAUGUGAUUGGAGUUGAAGACAAAAUGAGUACUCUAGGUCAUAUUGUCGACGACAUUACCGACAGAUUUAUUAUAGAAGUAGGUGACGAUUCGGAAAAUUCGGCAAAUUCAGGUACGGAGUCUUUGCCUGAUUCUGAUUAUUAA